GCGGGGCGGCAGACCGGAAGCGAGUGCCGAGGCCGCCCGCGGGCCUCCUCCCGCCCCGCCCGUCGCCGGCCCCGCUCGUCGCGGCCCGGCACCAUGCUGCCCCUCUCCAUUAAGGACGACGAGUACAAGCCGCCUCGGCUCAACCUGCUCAGGAAGGUGUCGGGAUGGUUCAGGUCUAUCCUGGCGGACAAGACCUCCCGCAACCUCUUCUUCUUCCUCUGCCUCAACCUCUCCUUCGCCUUCGUGGAGCUGCUGUACGGCAUCUGGAGUAACAGUUUAGGUUUAAUAUCAGAUUCUUUUCAUAUGUUUUUUGAUUGUACUGCUCUCCUGGCUGGACUAGCAGCUUCAGUUAUUUCAAAGUGGAGGUCAAAUGAUGCUUUCUCAUAUGGGUAUGUUCGAGCAGAAGUACUCGCUGGUUUUGUAAAUGGUUUAUUCCUCAUCUUUACAGCAUUCUUCAUUUUUUCUGAAGGUGUUGAGAGGGCACUGGAACCUCCUGACGUGCAUCAUGAGAGACUUCUUCCAGUUUCUAUACUGGGAUUCAUUGUAAAUCUUAUAGGAAUAUUUGUUUUUCAGCAUGGAGGUCAUGGGCAUUCACAUGGUUCUGGGCAUGAGCACAGCCAUUCUCUAUUUAAUGGAGGUCUCAGCCAUGGUCACAGUCACAGAGGUCAUGGUCACAGCCAUAAACAUGGACACACUCAUGAUCAUGGCCAUAGCCAUGGACUCCCUCAUGGUCAGGAGUAUUGCCAUGAUGACCAUUCUCUUGAAGGGAUGACUGGUUCUAGCAAGCAAAUCUUACAAGGUGUAUUUCUACACAUUGUUGCAGACACACUUGGAAGUGUUGGUGUAAUCAUAUCUGCUAUACUGAUGCAGAACUAUGGUCUAAUGAUAGCAGAUCCUAUUUGUUCAAUGCUGAUAGCAUUACUUAUAGGUGUAAGUAUUGUUCCACUUCUAAAAGAAUCAAUCGGAAUUUUGAUGCAGCGAACUCCUCCAUCUCUGGAAAAUGCCCUGCCUCAGUGCUAUCAGAGGGUGCAGCAGUUGCAAGGAGUUUACAGUUUACAUGAUCCACACUUCUGGACCCUCUGUACUGAUGUUUACAUAGGGACUUUGAAACUAUUAGUAGCUCCUGAUGCUGAUGGAAGGUGGAUUCUAAGCCAGACUCACAAUAUUUUUACUCAGGCAGGAGUAAGACAGCUUUACGUACAAAUUGAUGUCGCAGCCAUGUAGUGAGCUUCUGAAAUUGUGCUGUUGGACCAAAGUUCUUUGUACUGUAAUGGUAUAAAACAAGACACUUCCCAAGACAGAGCCUGCCUCUAUCACUGUCCUGGAAUUGACUGAAUAGACUUUUGUCCUUGGGCUAUGGAUGAAGUUGACUUCUGAGGAGUAAAUAUGGAAUGAAUGUUAUGAACUCUGGGUCUUGUCUUUUUGUGGCCCCCUAAACUUGUAAGUUUCUUGAAGGUUUUUUACUUACUACAUUUGUUCCAAUAGGAAACUAAAAUGGUGGUACUGGAAAUUCUGUAACGUCUUCAGUAAAGCUGCUGAAACCACUGCUCAUUCCCAUAAAACCAGUGUUAUCAAAAUUGGAGACUUGUACAUAAUGUCACAAUGGCUGACAUGCUUCGAUAUAAUUGUAUGUUUGUACAAUUGUUUGUACUUUGCAAACUUAAUGAACCAAACCAUAUUGGGUUUUCAAAGUGCCUUUUAUAUCAUGAGAGGUAUUUGCCAGCAUAAAUAUGAAGCAUCAAAGGGUUUUAUUACUUCUACAAAUAUAUCUUGUAUGCAGUCUGAUUAUUUACUAGUGAUGUAUGUGGGGACUUCGUAUACUUGUAUAAUGUAGAUGUUAGACUUCCCUUAUUAUUGCAUUGUACCAAACAGGAAAAAAUCUGAAGGUAAAAGGCAAAGCCAUUGUAAAGAGA